AUGGAAGGACUUUCCAAUUUGAUUAGUGGUGGAAAUGCCGUCGGAAUCUUGGAUUCAAUGACUCUACGACAGGAGUCACUCAUGCAACUGGUAUUACAAGGGCCGCGCAGUGAAUACAUGUUGCAUAGUGUGGAGAAAGCCGUAGCUUGUGGGUUAAACCCCGCUGCCUUCCAUUUGCCUUACUGCCUUGGUGAAAUACCACCCCUAACAGAAAAUAAUGUCAGGAUAAUGGCACUCUCCGAAAUCAUUUUAGCUCCGAUAGCAGGGUUACAUAUGUCGCCAUUGAUGCAUGCGCUUUAUACGCGCCGUUAUUCUGUCGUAUACGCCAUUCUCGUCAGUAAAAACCCCGCCUGGGUUGUUCAAACAUCAAAGACCGCUCUUUCCGAUAUGCUGGAGCUACCCCACCGCGGAGGGAAACUAUUUGGACCUAUUCAUGUGGCUGCGUGGACCUAUGUGGCCUGUGAAUCCCGCUCGAAUUGCGAUACUUAUGCGACUGAAAUAUUUUCAAAACUUUGUCAAAAUCCGAUCCAGCUCGCGUCAGCUAUCGAAAUCGCCAUAAAUAUGGAAAACAAGAAAUUGGUCGUCCUUCUCUGUGAAUUAGCGUUUACCAUGAUCCGCUCUCAAUCUCAUUAUGGUGUGGCAUACGGCUUAUUGGGUUCCGUUUUACUAAAUAAGCCGUGGAAUGGGUGGGGAUGGGGAUGGAGAGGGGAUUGGCAGGAUGAAAAGUGGUUUAUCUUGCUAGUUUCCCUCAGAAAGGAAUUAAAAAAGAUUGUGAUCAGGGAUCUGGCACCGCUUACACAAUCACCUAGGGCAGCGGAAACCAUCAGGCGUAGCGGAGAUGCUGAUAAGGAGCCUGAUAUAAGCGACAGGGAACAUAACGACAAGAGAAUUGGCUACGAAAGUCAGGCUGAGUUGGCUAGCACCGAAGACAAUGGGAAUCGCAAUAGUGCCAAUACUAAAGCAAGUCAGCAAAAACGAAACGAAACGCAGAAUGAAAAAGACGGUUAUGGUAGUGCUCAAGGUGGCAAGUCAUUCGUGAAUCAACAACAUAAGCCUAUGGUGGAUUUCGAUACUCUCAAUGAAUCGAAACCGGAAAAUGACCGCCAAACCAGAUCAUCAAUUGGAAGCAAUCCCGCGCACCCAAAAAACCAUAUUCCGUCGUGGGGCGCCCAGCAACGGCAGUGGAAAGUCUCGGGAGGAAAACUGAGCAAUGGUUCGGGUAUAAUGUCACUUGCAUCUAAGGCCUCUGCAUCUACGGCGUCCUCCGGCCUGAGCGUGAUAUCCUUCGGGGGGAUGCCUUUUACACAACCACGAGGUAGGGGCCUCAACUUUGAAAAACCCGCGCUCGAGGAAGAGCCUGAAUUUAUGGAUAUCGAUGGUAUCCCAACAUCGCCACCCUAG